UGGCCUCCUCCCGCGCCCGCUGCCGCCGCCGCCCCUGCCCGCGCCUCCCGCUUCCCGCCGCAGCCCGCUGGGCUGUUUCCCUCCUUCUCAAUCGAGUCCGGGCGCCGAGCCCCCGAGCGCUCGUCACGCUGGACCCUGGCGCAGAGCCCUGGCAUCACGACUCGGAGGCUGAGACCCUCUCCUGGAGUCACCCAGGGGAGAUGGAGCCACCUCAGUGUGUGGAGGAGCUGGAGGAUGACGUGUUCCAGCCAGAGGACGGGGAGCCGGGGACCCAGCCCCAAAGCUUGCUCUCUGCUGACCCGUUUGCCCAGAGCCAGCUGGACUGCCCCCUGGGGCGGCUGCACCUCUUCCCUCUCACCCACUGCUGUGGUCCUGGGCUGCGACCCACCAGCCAGGAAGACAAGGCCACCCAGACCCUCAGCCCCGCCUCCCCGAGCCAAGGGGUCAUGCUGCCUUGUGGGGUGACCGAGGAACCCCAGCGACUCUUUUAUGGCAAUGCUGGCUACCGGCUCCCUCUCCCUGCCAGUUUCCCUGCAACCUUCGCGCUGGGGGAGCAGCCCCCUGAAGGGCAGUGGCAGCAUCGAGCAGAGGUCCAGAUUGCCCGGAAGCUUCAGUGCAUUGCUGACCAGUUCCACCGGCUUCACUUACAGCAACACCAGCAGAACCGAAAUCGCGUGUGGUGGCAGAUCCUCCUCUUCCUGCACAACCUGGCUCUGAAUGGUGACGAGAACAGGGACGGGGCAGGUCCUAGGUGAGGCUGGGCCGCCGCCCCCUGCGCAUGGAGCAUCAGAACACCGGCUGGAACAGAGCAAGGACUGACGCUGUGUCCUGUGAAGUUGGCUUUGGUGGUUGUUGUGUUUGUUUGUUUGUUUUUGUUUUUACAUUUCUCUCUGUACAUACAACAUUCCCCAGGGGAACCUUCUUGCCUUGUUCAGGAGCAAGGGCCUUUGUCAAACACUGUUGAAGGACAGGCUGUGCGUCUGCGAUGCUGGCAACUCCCAGGGGCCCUGAUGGCACCCUUGGUGAUGUCCAGGGAGUUGACUGUAAUUUCUCCACAGGCGCUUGGUUGAAAAUAGGACACUGGCUUGUCUCCCAGUGCCACCUAACUAACCUGCCAGCCCUCCACUGCGGAUGGGACCUUCAUCCUGAGAGUCACCUGCUUCUAUUCCCCAGGGCCUGGCCAGGGGCCUCUAGGCUGAGGCAUGUCACUAGGCUGGCCAGACGGCCAUGGGCUCCCCCACCACCCAGCCGGUGCCAGCCCCCAGGGCUCAGGGAUCCUUGCCCAAGCCCCUGUUCCCUCCAGCAGACCUCAGGGAGGGAUGGGUUCCUCCAGGGACCCUUCGACUGUGCCACAACAUGAACCCAACUUCCGGAAAGGCCUCAAAUCUGACUUGGUCCCAUGUCGAGGGCCCAGGAUCGGUCCUGGGGUGCCGGAUGCUGCCACCUGCGGCUGCCUGGGACUGGCAGGUGCCAAUCAUGGAGGAGCUGAGUAGCCCAUCACCGUGCUGCAGCCAGCAGCUCGUGCCUGUGUCAGGUCUUCUUUCAACAGAUCCAGCCCUGGGACUGCAGUUCUCCCCAUCAUGAGCACUGUUGAGCAUCGAGGGGCUGCCCUGCCCCAGGGCCAGGGAAUUUGGUGGCCAUCCUGCAAGCUCCAGAGGCCCUCCGGCCCCUUGGUUUCCUUGGAAACAACAUACCUCCUCCCCCUUGCCCCCUUCCUUUUUCACACCUAGUGGGACACAGGAAGAAGCCAGGCCAGUGGCUUUGUCAGCUUAACAGUGACUUUCAGAGCGAUAGACAAUGGCUAGAAGCGUGGAACCAGCAAUGCUGGGCACACAUUUCCUGCAGCCUUGAGCUUCCAGCUGGGCCAGAGCGGCAUGCUCUGGACUGCAGCAGGCGCGGGGCUGCCUCUGGACUUCUCCCCUUCCCUCCUUGCCAUGGCACCAACGGAGAGACUUAAAAGCAGCUGGGCUGGAAGCUCUGAGAGCAGCCACAGGGAGUCUGUUAACCAGACACCUAGAAAUUAAACGAUAGUUUUUGCCUGUGUAAGAAAAGACAACAUUGGUGCUAAAGGAGAAGCAAGGCCCAAACCUGGGCAGAGACGACCCCAGGGCUACUCAAGGAGACUGGAGGAAGACUCUCACAUCUGAGCAGGCUCGGGCUCCUGGAGGUCUUCGGCUGGUCUCUGGGACGUAUAGCUGGGCAGGUUGCCCGGUGGACGAGGGCGGCUGCAGGGAACUGUGGAGGCUGCGUCCGCCUGCCCGGGGGAAGGGGCGCCUUUCCUGAUUUGCACAGAGGUACCGCGUGCUCUGCCAGUGGCCCGAGGACAAGGACCGCCUGCUGUGCUUGUAAGCCUUUGGUUCAUCCUCCCAGAUGUUCUAGACGUAUUACCUCUUCUUGGCCAGAAUUCUAUUCUCAGGGUGUGUAGCAUGGCUUGUCUGGUGAGAGGACAGCUUCCUGCUCGCAAGGAGAAGGCGGCCAGGGGACGGGCAUGGAGGCCAGCUCCAGGACACGCUGACCGCUGUGAAAACCUGGCUUUCCUUGUGUGUUGCCAUGCCAUGUCGUGAUGUGUGUGGGACCCACAUUGGUUGUUUUCCCCUCUCCUGGAUAGAGGCUGUGACAGGCAGGAGGCUUUGUGUGCUUGAGUGGUGUCCACACAAACCAGGAUUGUCCAUACCGGCUGCCUGUCACCUGUCCCGGGCAGCUUUCCGCCUGAGCUGAGCAGGAGAGAUGGCCUAGCCCCUGGUGUCAGCUUCAGAGAGCUGGCCAGGCCCAGGCUGCCUGCCCACCAGACCAUCCCGCCUGAAUCCCAGUGGAAGGGGCCUCGCCACACUGUUGCCAUCUUCUGCAAACCCAGAGCUGCAGGUGUCAGGCAGCCCAGGCCAAACUGAGACCCCCUUUCAUCCCUCACCCCCACCCUGGAGGAAACGCCCUGGUGGCCCCAGCAGGGAGAGAGGGUUCCCCUGGCUGGCUGUUUUUAAUUGUCUGGCAAUCUGGGCCCUUUCCCUCCCUGCCUGGCGAGUGGGCCCAAACAUUCCUUAAGUCCAGCCUCAGGAGACGCCCCUCCCCCUGGACCCCCCUCCAGCUCCCAUCCCCCACUGGGGAGCCGGUCUGUCUCCGGUGAGGAGCUGGAAGAGCAUCAGAGGGAGGGAGCGGUGACCUGGGUCCUGACCUGUAGGCAGCUGAAGGCCCGUGGGGCUUUUGCGGCCUGCUGGGGUGGGGGCUGGGAGAGGGAGUGGACGCUUCCCUCACCCUGGAAGAAAUGCCCUGGAGGAAGGGUUAAGACAGCCUUCUCUUUCAGAGCCGCAGACUGGAGCAUUCUGGAAGCCUAUAGACAGGUCUGGGGAGGGGCCCUCAGGCCCACCAAGGGUGGAGGACUGGGUCUGUCUCAAAGUCCAGGCGCCUGGAGAGCUUCCCCCAGCCUCUUGCUCAACUCCAGGUGGAAGAAGGUCAUCUGAGUGCCUUCCUCAGCCUGGGGGAGUGGGUCUGUGUCACUAUCGCAGGCCCCAGGGAGAGCUGUGUGCCGGCAGGAUUGUUUCUGGGGCUCAGAGGGGCAGUUGGGCCCUGUCCUCUGCGGGCCCCACCUGGGCUGGCCUGGGGGGGAGGACAAUGGAGCAGUGUGCCAGUCCUGAUAAGCAAGGAGCCUGCUUCCCCAGUGAGAGCUUGUGUUCCUUUCCAGAGAGGGAUGGGGAGAUGGGGUGGCAGGUGGGGAGGAGCUCGGGCGCCAGGCUGGCCUGUGGGCGCACCCUGGGCAGCUGGCAGGCAGGACACUGAGUCUGGAGGGCAGCGUGAGCUCUUCUGGGGAUGCCAGCCUCUGGACUGCAGGUGCUCCCGGGCUUGCACUGCUCCUGUCCCUGCUCGGAGCGUGCCAGUGGCCCAUCCCAUCCCUGGGUCCCCAGGGGCUGUAGGGGGAGACCCAGUGAGAAUGUAGCAUUUCCUUCACCCCUAGGUUACUUCCCUGGGGUCUGGGCACUCUGCCUCUGGGAGAGAACCAGAGAGAAAGAGGGAGAGGAAUGGGGACCCAUUUUGUUUUUAACCUGUACAAAUAUGGCUUUGUGCUAGACACAUGCAUAUAUGUAUGUGUGUAUGUAUAUAAAUAUAUAAAUAUAUAUAUUCAUUUUCCCCUCAUCAAU